AGAGACGAAGCGUAUUUUGUAAUCAUGUCGUUUUAUGUAAAAAAAUAGAAAGGAUUUUUUCUGAGGUAAACGAUAGAUUUCAAGCAGAGGUUUGGCAAGAGGAUAAAAUGAUAGAAUAAAUGGAUCGCGGUCAUUUUUUUCUCUGACGGCAACCAGUCGAAGGUUUUGGAUUUUUAGUCCAAGGUCGGAGGGGGAUAAGUUAACGAUAUAUUAUUGAAAGAGUGAAAAAGAGAAAAAGGAGAUUCGGGCGUGGCAGAGAAAAGUAUACAAACGAUUACGCAUGUUCCUAUGGCGAAAGUCUUUUUCGGUGCUCGUUCGAAACACGCCCUUGUACCCCACCUGAUUUCGCGUAUCUCAUUCACCUAACCGAACCGGACUAUAUAAGAUUUCGGCUACCAAAGGAUCAGCACGCACUUGCUUUCGUACAUUGUUAGCGAAUCGACCAAGGUUCUCUUUCAGACUCACAAUGUUCUCGAAGAUCAUAGUACUCGCUUGCAUUCUUGCCAUGAGCAACGCCGGUAUCUUGGCACCAGCUGGACAAUAUACUCUGACCCCUGCGGCUUUAACGUCGACAUCGGACAAUAUUCUUCGCAGCUCGGGAAAUCUCGCACAAAUUGCGACCCAAUCGAAGACAAUUUCCACCCCAUUCUCGAGCACUAGCAGAUCCGACAUUCGCGUAACCAACCCGGCCAUCUAUGCUCACACUGCUCCAGUGGCAUACGCCGCAGCCCACGCACCUUUGGCAGCACCCUUGGCAGCACCCGUGAGCCCACUCCUUGGCGUCGCUUAUUCUCCAGCGGUGGCUGUUUCGCACAUGGCCUACAGCAGCCCCAUCGGUGUCUCUUACUCCUGGUAAUCGUUUC